CAGCUGCCACCGACAAUUACACAACUUCUAGAAAAGUCGGAAACCACAGCGCAUUCUGUGGGAGUGAAUCAGAGUGUCAACAUCGCAGGGAGGUAUAAAUACGUAGAAGGGGACGGUGCUUCUGCCUUCGCCUGGCUGCAGUGAGGACUGGCGGGGAGGUAGUCUCGUCUCUUGACUUCUGGCACGAUGAAGCAUUUGUGGUCCCUUCUGGGCGUGUUCCUGCUCUAUUACUCCUCAGAGUGUCUACUUCCCCCAUCCCAAGAGGACUUGAAACAAAUUUCCCUUUUAGGGGAGAAAUACCUUGACAAGGAGAUUGCAGAUGCCAUCAAUGGGGUGAAAGAGAUGAAGACAGUGAUGGAGAGGUCUGACGAGGACCACAAGAACUUUGUAGAUGCUCUGGAGGAGACCAAGAAGCAGAAGGAGGAUGCUCUGAAGGCAGCUAAGGAGAUGGAGACCAAGCUGAAUGCAGAGCAGGAGGUGUGCAAUGAAACCAUGCAAGCACUAUGGGAAGAGUGCAAGCCCUGUCUGAAGAGGACCUGCAUCAAGUACUACUCCAGGACCUGCAGCUCUGGCUCUGGGCUGGUUGGUCGCCAGCUGGAGGAGGUACUGAACAGGAGCUCCCCUUUUUCAAUCUGGAUCAAUGGGGAGAAUGUCGACUUCCUGGAGAAGGAGAACGAGGAGCAAAACCAGAGGUUCCUGGAUCUGGAGGGCCAAUACUCAGAGGUGGGCGACACCGUUGACAGCAUUUUCCUGGACAGCAUGAAGGUGUUCGACCACAUGCACUCUUUUCACCGGCCUCUGUUCUCCAACCCCUUCAUGAUGCCUGAUAUUUUUGGACGCCGUUCCCGAGUGUAUCGCUCGCCGGAGCUCAGUUCUCAGUUCCACGGAUUCCAGAGUAUGUUCCAGCACAUGAUGGACAUGACCCACAACCUCUUUGGCUCACUGGGCCCCUACAUGGGCACAGGCACCGACGUCGACACGGACCCAUCUAAAGAUGGAAGCGUGAAUGAGGACGUUGUGAUUACGAAGCCGUUCGGGAAAGAUCAUAUGACCUGCAGGGAAAUCCGUCGCAAUUCUGCCGGCUGCAUCAAACUGCGAGAGGAGUGUGAAAAAUGCAAAGCCAUCCAGUCCAUCGACUGCUCAGGAACAAAGCCUUUGGACGGCCCGCUGAAGCAAGAACUCGAGGAGGCGCUGGCCAUGGCCGAAAGGUUCACUCAGGAAUACGACAAGCUCAUCAGAAAGUUCGAGGAGAAGAUGUUCAACACGUCCAGCUUGCUGGACAUGCUGAACAAACAGUUUGGCUGGGUAUCUGCCCUAGCUGACAAGACCAAGGACAAAGAUGGAAUCUUCCAGAUUGAGACUGUAAUGUCGAGGACCACAGAAGACGCUAAAAGUCCUGGAGACACAUCCGUGUCGGUCAAGCUGUUUGAUGGCUCACCCAUGACCUUCACGGUGCCCGGAGACAUUCCCUGGAGUGACCCCAAAUUCUCGGAAGUCGUGGCACAGGAAGCCCUGGACCGCUACAAACAGAACACUGUAACUGUGAAGUAAACCUCUGGACGUGAUCUACAUGCUUCACCUUCAGCAGAUUGUCACAAGUCAGCUCAUCACCGUAACUUCUGCCCUGCCACGAAACAGCACUCCCAAAUGAACCUGGGGGGUUAGAAGGCUCUGUUCAGCUAGCUGCUAGCACCUUAGACACAUUUCCAGAAGAUUUAGCUUAGACCCUGAAAUCCUUGUGGAGAUUAUUUAGAAAUUAAUACUAGAACAAAGAAUUUAUUUCAAUGGUCUCAACUACUGCUCCAGCUCUGCUAUCACACUGUCGUCAUACUGCUUUUCUUUGCAAAUAUGCCCUAUUGUAUUGCAAGAAAACCACCAUCUUGGGCUGGAUAGGUCAUCUUUGAGGUAUUAAUAAUUUUGUAUGUUUCCUACAUCCGUAUCGUACAAGCAUUAAUAAAGCAAGCAGUAUUCUGGAAAA